UUCCUUAAGAAGUAACAAUAGUCGUUUUAACGAGCGACUUGCAAAGUAGGUGAAUAUAAUCGGAUAGCUGAACGACACCGUUUAACAUUCUCUCCCGCCAAUACUGGUAAAAACGUGGCAAAACUAACGAUAAUCAACACCGUUAUAUAUCCAGGUGUCACGUUUAACAGCCCGGUCACUCCAUCACUUUCACUUCCUCCUUCCCAAACCUGAACAGUCCCUCACAAUCACCUCGCUCUUGCAAUUUGCAACCCUAAAUGGCUCUGUCUUUGAUUCCUAUUCAAUCAAAACAUCACCGAAACAGCACAACUAACCGCUGCUAUAUCUUCUUCUUCUUCUUCCGCAACAGCAGCACUGAGUCGACUCGGACAGAGUUUCCGGCUGGCAACGCGUACGAUAUUUUAGGAGUUUCGGAGACUUGCUCGUUCGCCGAAAUUAAAAUCUCGUUUCGGAAAUUAGCUAAAGAAACUCACCCGGACCUCGCCAAUUCAAAUAACGAUUCUUCUGCUUCUCAUCGUUUCAUUCAGAUACUCGCUGCUUAUGAGAUUCUUUCAGAUACCGAGAGAAGAACUCACUAUGACAACUUUCUUAGGUCUCAGAGAAAGGAUGUGCAGAAGGAUUCUAGAGAAGGUUCAACAUUUUACAUGUAUAAAUCUGAGAUGGCUAGAAGUAAAGAGAUGGAAGUUGUUGAAUGGUUGAAGUGGUAUAGAUUAGCUAUAAAUGACAUAUUGUUAGAGAAGAAAGUGGUGGUUGGAACUGGCUAUUUUGAUGUACUUGAAGCUGAUUUUUAUUCAGCCAUACAUGCAGCUUAUUACGGCCCUGUAAUCGAGUCUAUGGAUCUUCUUCCUGACCGUUUUGAGGCAGAGGAGAGGUCUGUCUAUGAAACUCCUGAAGUCCUACACUUGGUUUCAGGGCGUGAUCUUUUUGGGAUGGUCUGCCUGGCCAAUAAAGUUCCUGAAUUGACUUCUGCUUGCACUAAAAAGUUGACUUCUACGUCUUUUGAUUUAGGAAUAUGUGAAUACAUUGCAAAUACAAGCACGUUUUUGUAUUGUAAUGAAGUGAAUGAUGUGGGAUUGUCUCAGAUGCAUGUGACGAAUAUUUCAAGUCACACAUUGGAUGCAUAUAGAGAUUUAGAAUUGCAUGUAGGUGGAAAGGUGGUUGCUAUGGCCACUAGAGUUCCUCCUAAAAGCCAAAGUAAUGGAGUAAAGAAUGAAGGUGCUGAAGAUCAAAUACAUGUUUUUCUUAAUUCAGAUGAUAAUUCCAUGCAUCACAGAAGUGGGUUUUCUGAGGAUUCUGUUUUGGGUGGUGAAGUUGGAUGGAGGAUUCCACUGGGAAUUAUAACAGGAUUGGGGACCAGUCCUGAGGAGGGAUCAUGCUUUGUCUAUGAUAGGAGUGGCACAAAAACCCAUGUCAUAAUGAAACAUAGAACAUUGCUGGUAAAGCAUAUGCACUGGUAUCCAGUAGGAGAUAAAGUUUCUAUUUGCGAAUGUAGGUGUAGUAGAGCUCGACUACCACCAAGCAAAUUUUGGCUGUUUGAACCUCGUUGUGACAUGCAUGAUGUAGGUGGUUGGUAUAUUGAAACAUUCGGUAGAGAUAAGAAAGGCCAGACAGUCCCAUGUCAGAGGUAUUGGGAUGGCUUUAAUGGAAGUGAGCAAUAUGACAAGAGACUCCAUCCAGCAAUGUAUUUACUUGCUCUUGCAUAUAGAUCACUAGAUAUUGAAGAUGCAAAAAGAAGGAAACGAACAUUCAGGGGCAUUGUUGAAGGUCAACUGUUUAAAAUUCUUCAUUGGUGCAAGAGACUUGUUUAGGAACUAGCGCCAUUACAAUGUUCAGUAUCUGCUUCACCACUCUGGCUCUCUCAAGUUGUUUUUCUGUGGGUUUGAACAAUGAAUUGUUUUUGUGCAUAGCCAUAUAGUUGGCCAAGGAAUUUGCACUAGCAAGUGGCAACUUCUGGGUUAUUUGGAAGGAGUAUUCUUAAGAGUUCUCCGGGCAAGAAAUUAUUUAAAAUUGAUGCAUUGGGGUGUUAAAUAUUUGAUAUUACAAAAGCUUUAGGUCAUAGCAUAUUGAAGUUAAAAUUUUUUUUUCAAGGUUGAAGAUUAUGUGAAUAAUCUUAUUUUAUCAUCAACCAUCAAUAAUGUUUUGGACUGCCAACAGUUUCUUCAGAACCUGUCUUUGUGGAUCCUGCUAUAGUAGAUGGCUUCAGAGGCGCACAGAUUAAGGGUUCUCAUUAAUGCUGCUAACUGGAUCAACAGAUAUGCCUCGUCGGAUGUCAUCAGGGGCAUUACUUUUGUGCUACUUCUGUUGCCAAAUCCAAAAAAGCCUCUUUUUGCCAAUUUUUGCACCAAAUGUUCUUGAAAUUGCUCCCAGUGAUGGAAGUCGUGUACAUCUUGUCAAGAAUAAACUGCAGGCCCAAUUGGGGGUUCCUAUAUAUUCUUUUUCCUAAUGCAUAGGCAAGGAUACUGGCAUUGUUUCCUUGAAAUCGAUCCACAUGUUGGUUGGUUUGAUCUUUUCCAGAGUAUCAUUCUUGUGUAGUAGACUGGUCUUCCAUCAGCAGCCUUGGCAGCAGCUGCCGCCAAAUCAUCAUCAGCCAUAACCUCUACUGGCAAACUAAGCAACUCUUCUUUUCUACAAAAUGUACAAGAAAGUAGUUGUUUUGAAAGAAAUUCUGGACUGGUGUGGCAAAGACAAAUAAUAAUACUGCUGUGACAAGUAAUGCACCCGUUCCGACUAGCGUUUGUUUCAACAGUGAGAUGACUGGUUUAACCUGGAGGCUAGAAUUUUCCUUAUCAAUCCCAUUUGUAUUAAAGGAGUUUAAAGACAAGAUGACUGAGUUAGCACUCAUCAGGACGAUCAGCUGAGGACAUUUUGGUUGCCAGUUGGUGCAAUUGCAGCAAAGUGGAGACUUGAGUUUAUAUUUCGGUCUUACACAUUAAAGCAUGUGACAUUGCUACCUAAUGUUUUUAUCUUUUUCUGCAUCACUUAUGCUAACUUUCUGUUCUGCUGUAAUGCAAUAUCUGCCUUGUUUGUGUUAUAACCUAUUAAUAUUAACUUUAUGGGACAGGAAAAUGCAUGCUGCAAGCAGAGAGAGAAAAGAGAGAGCUUACCUCUGGUGGCUUUACCCACAUUUGUCCAUCAUACCAUCCACUCUCUUCAUAUGGGACAACCGCAGAUAGAAGUCUAUCUCCAACAUAACUCCAUCCCUUUAAUAUACAUGUGGAGAUAUGUUAAAAGUCCAAAUGGCAAGAUGAUGAGUUUGUGGAGUAAAAAUUAAAAAAGCAAUCACUAAUACAAAGGUAUAGAAAUUUUAAGAAUAAGCAGUUCAACUAACAAAUAUAUGGUACAGGAUUUAACCCUUUGUUAGCAUUCUUUAAAAUUCUCUUUUGGAUGCUUAAAUAAUACCAUGCAUGAAGGAUUCGUGUGGGAAAGGUGAAGGAUUCGGUUGAUUUAUACAUUAUGUUUGAGUUUAUCCAAUUUUGGUAAUUUCAGAUUAGUUAUCAAAACUCUGAUCUCAACUGUAAAAAAGAGGGAAAAAAAAGAAGCUUCAAUUUACUUUCCCUGCGCGCCCCCCUUUCCUGAGUCUCCUGUUAAGGAGAUCAUCUGUACGUCUGCUCUGAAGUAGAAGAUCAACGUCAUCACAGCUUAAAGUGGUAUUAGUCAGUCAAAAAGAUGAUUGCACUUCCAUAUGUAGGAGAAGUUGUACAAUCACAAUAUUUGGCCUUUGUCUAGCUAAUAAGGUAAGUAAACUUAUAUAUGUAGAGAAGCUCUACAACAGCUUCUUGGCUCAAUGGCAGGUUGGCAAAUACCUCUUUUAGGUACACAAAUGAGAAAAAUGAAUUACUAAUUACUAAUUAAAAUAGUUUUGUGAUUUCUGAAAGAGGGCGAUGAUGUAGCCUGGUUGGCUUCAAAUAAGUUCCCCUAAUACUUUGCAGUCCGAAUAUCAUAUUUGUUUUGUUAUUUCUAACCGAUUAUAUAUAGAAGGUUUCCUGGAGCAACUGCUCUCAUGUAUGUUCACACCAAAAGCAUAGCCAUAUUCUCUGGGAAUAUAAUGAGCUUCAUGAAAAAGUAGGAGUGGUGAUGAAGAUAUCGAAUAAAAAAAAAAUACGAGUGGUGAAGAUACCAGAUAAAUCCGAAGGAUGAUUAAUGACACAAGAAGCAGAGUUCCUGUUCCAGCAGCCAGCACAAAUCUUAAUGGCUCCUGCAAAAUUUGCACAUAUAAUGAAGUUAUAGUGUAUAUGUUUUUUGUAAUUCAGAUACAUGUGAUGCUUCACAUGUUAGCUUCUCUGCUUGUGGUUCUUGGUCAUCAAAAAAUGAAUCUAGUAUUGAAAGUAGAGCUUCGUCUCACUUAUUAGAAAGCUUGUAACAAUAAAAAAAUUGUUUCGAGAACUAUUAUGGGAUAAGGCAAUUUCUGUUCCAAUUUAGAUGGUCUUCUGCUUGCCAUUUUGUUUGCAAAUAAUAAUUGUGACUUACCCUUUCAGGAUUGAAACUUGCAGCUGAGAUUGGAACUCCAAGAACUGUGAAGGUCACUAACCAGAGACCUCCAAGACGGAGGAAAAGUGGCCCUGGAGCCAGCUCCCCCCAAGAAUACAAGGGUCCAUCUUUCAGAGAUGCAUACUCAUUCACCUGCAGAGUUACAAAAUGAGUAGUGUUAAGUAUGGCUAAGGUUUUCUAAAUUUUUAGGAAUCAGAAUUCCCUUCAAUCAACUAUAAUCUGUUCAGGAUUAUGAUACCCUCAAUCUAUCAUUCAUUCUCCA